AUGGAAUUCCCGCUCCCCCAAUUGUCCUUGCCACCUCGGAAAAACUCCUAUCACACAUUGAUCAGCUAUCCGACCGGCAAUUAUACGGAACAAUCAAAUAAUUGGAUUAAUCCGUCUCCCGUUUCGAUUCAAACCGAGGUCAACCUAACAUCCGAAGAGUCGUUUGCGAUUAGUAAAAAACUGGAAGGUUACGCUGCUCGUCCGCACCUUCGUGCACCAUCGAUUGACCACGAUGAACAAAUUAUCGUUGAUGACGACGAUUCGUUGCCAUUUGGAGACUAUGUGACUCAUUCCGGGAACGGAAUCAAAAUCUACACGAGAGGUAAUCAAAAUGUGAUUGUUCGCUCUCCAUCGCCAGUUGCUGUAAGACCACCAAUAAGGCGGGAUCGAUCGGAAAUUGGCAGAAAGCAGAGAUGCUUGGUUUGUGAUACUGUUACAUCCGGCUUUCAUUUUGGUGCCGUUUCUUGUGCAGCAUGUAGUGCAUUUUUCAGGAGAACAAUUGCUGAGCGUCGGGAAUAUACUUGCCGAGCAGAAGGAUCAGCCCAUUUAAAAUGUGAAAUAAGCGCAGAACAACGUUGUUAUUGUCGUGCUUGUCGUCUACAAAAGUGCAUUGAUGUCGGCAUGGAUCCUAUAGCCGUUCAACCACAUCGUGAUCAAAUUGGUGCCAAACGCAAACACGAUGGACAGCGGCGUUCAAUGGAAUCGCCAGUCCCAAGCGCCGAUGGUUCCUUGUAUCUGAAUCCGCGUAUUGAAGAAGUACUUUCUGGUCGGCUGGCUCGGUCAAUCGGCGGAUCACCUCCACUCAAAAGAGGAAAAGCCACCACAGCACUUUUAGCUUCGAAUACUGCAUAUGCCGAACAGUUGAUUGCUCUUUCGCGACAACCUGUGAUUUCUGAGCGAAAAGCGGCAACUUUAACGACUCGCCAUGCUCAAUCAUCGUCUCCAACAGUCAGCGAGGAAAACGACAAUGUUGUUCAGAGAGAAUCCGCUGAUUCUGACUCGAAGAAGCCCCCAACUUUAGAAGAAAAACUUCCUAGUGUUAACAAUGAAUCUAAUGACGAGGGGAAGUUUAUUGUGUAUGAGUAUGAAAUUUAUCCUGGCGACGAAGGAAGCGCUGAAUCAGGAUCGAAACCACGCAGCUGGCCAUCUGAGGGUAAACACCGAAUAUCUUUGAUGCCUCAAGAUAAAAACGAAACUGAUACUAGCAAUUUACCCGAUCCAAGCGAGAAUGUGAUCGAGACCCGCUGCAAUCAGCAUGUCAUCAACAAUGAGUUCACGUUGAUGAUUGAUGAUCUUCCCCAUGACGAGCUUCCAUUUCUU